AUGAAUCCCGAAAGUGAGGAGCUGUACCCUAUCGCGAUCCUGAUAGAUGAGCUGCGUCACGACGAUGUCAGUCUCCGCCUCAACGCCAUCAAGAGACUGAAUACCAUCGCCCUGGCUCUGGGCCCACAGCGUGCCCGAGACGAGCUGAUUCCCUUUCUCGAUGAAUCGAUCGACGAUGAAGACGAGGUUUUGUUGGCCCUUGCUGGAGAGCUCGGCGACUUUGUAGAGUACAUUGGAGGCGCGCAGUAUGCCCAUAUUCUGCUGCAGCCCCUGGAAAACCUCGCUGCUGUCGAGGAGACCAUGGUUCGCGAUAAGGCCGUCGAGUCCUUGAACAAGAUCUGCCCAUUGUUAAGUCAGUCCCAGCUGGAGCAAUACUAUAUCCCUCUGCUUAAGCGCCUCACCCUGGGAGAUUGGUUCACGAGUCGCACUUCAGCCACGGGUCUCUAUGCCUGCGGCUAUGCUUUGGUCUCGCCAGCACAUCAGGAAGAUAUGCGCAAGGCCUUCGGACAGUUGUGUAUGGAUGACACCCCCAUGGUUCGUCGUGCAGCCGCCACGCAUCUUGGAACCUUUGCCAAAAAACUCAGCAAGGAGCACCUCAUCUCCGAUAUCAUCCCUCUAUUCAACAAACUGGCCCAGGACGAGCAGGACUCUGUGCGUCUGCUGACCGUGACCGAUCUUGUUGCCAUUGCAGAGCAGCUCUCGCCUGAGGAGAGCAAGGUCUACUUUUUGCAGACACUCAAGGUUAUGGUCGCCGAUAAAUCCUGGAGAGUUCGUUACAUGAUUGCAGAUAACUUUGUCAAGUUGAGUACUGCUGUCGGCCAGGAAAUUACACGAGAGGAUCUUGUGGUUGCCUUUGUUCGUCUACUGAAGGAUAACGAAGCCGAGGUUCGCACAGCUGCUUCUGGACAAGUUCCUGGUUUCGCGAAGUUGGUGGAUCAGGAGACGAUUCUCAACUACAUCUUGCCCUGUGUCAAGGAUUUGGUCACGGAUACCUCGCAACACGUUCGUGCGGCAUUGGCAAUGCAGAUCAGCGGACUGGCGCCCAUCCUCGGAAAGGAGGCUACGACGGAGCAUCUUUUGCCCCUGUUCCUGCAGCUGCUCAAGGACGAGUUCCCGGAUGUGCGCCUUAACAUUAUCUCAAAGCUUGAGACUGUGAACCAAGUGAUUGGUAUUGAGCUCCUCUCGCAAUCUCUGUUGCCUGCAAUUGUCGAGUUGGCAGAGGAUAAGCAGUGGCGUGUGCGACUGGCGAUCAUUGAUUACAUCCCCUUGUUGGCAACCCAGCUCGGAGUCCAGUUCUUUGACGAGAAGUUGGGAGCCCUUUGCAUGUCAUGGUUGGGCGACAGCGUGUUUUCAAUCCGUGAUGCUGCCACGGUCAACCUCCGAAAGCUGACAGAGGUCUUUGGCGUCGAGUGGGCCAAGCAGACCAUUAUUCCCAAGGUCCUCGCCAUGGGGACACAUCCUAACUACCUGUACAGAAUGACUACCAUUUUUGCAAUCACGGCGAUGGCAUCAGCGGUGACACCAGAAGUGAUCCGCGACUACAUCCUGCCGACUGUCACGAACCUAGUCUCAGACCCGAUCCCCAAUAUCCGCUUCAAUGUUGCCAAGUCGAUAGAAGCCCUGAUCCCUGUGCUGUCGCAGAACCCAGACACGAAACCACUCAUUGAGCAGCAGCUUAGACCAGCCCUUGUCAAGCUGAGUGAGGACUCUGACAACGAUGUCCGCUUCUUCUCUCAAAAGGCGCUCAUCACCGCGCAAUAA